AUGGUGGAGGCGGGCCAGUCGUGGGGCGCCCUCGAGAUCGUCGACGAGGCGGACGCGACGCCCCGUGUCGUGGAGCUCAGGGGCGCGAGCGCAAUCGUUGUCGGGCGCACCCACCAGGCGAACGUGGUCAUCCCCGUUCCGUUCGUCUCCUCGGCGCACUGCACGCUGCACUGCGUGGGCGCCGAGUCGGGCACCGAGCUUCCCCGCGUGCGGCUGGUGGACACGUCAUCGAACGGGACCUUCAUCAACAGCAAGCUGAUCGGCAAGAAUGGCGAGGUCGACGUCGCCGAGGGAGAUACGCUCACCUUCUCGCGCGUGCAGCGGUACCCGCUCGCGCGGAUCUCGUCGCUCGCCGCGCCGCUCCCGCCAUCCGCCGCCGAGUCCGACUCGGACUCCUCGCGCCCCGCCAAGCGCGGCCGCACGGCCGCGCAGGACAGCGCCUUCCUCGCGAACGAGGUUUCCGAGCGCCUCGAGUUGAUCCCGGCCAACAUCAACACGUCCACGACUGGCUACAAGGGCGUGACCUUCAACCGCCGCGAAAAGAAGUACGAGGCGAGGGGGAAUGGCGGCAAGCGUCUCCGCCUCGGCUACUUUGACACCGCCGAAGAGGCGGCCACCGCCUACGCUCGCUCGGAGUACGGCCGCGCCGACGCCGCCAAGCUGCUGCAGCCUCGCGCUGCUCCCACUGCCGCUGGCGCCGAGGCGAUACGGCAGGCGGAGAGGGAGGGUCUGGCCCUGGCUACGAGCAGCGGCAGCAACACCGGAUACAAGGGCGUGUACUUCACCCCGAAGCAGACAGGCAGCAAGAAGUACAAGCUGCAGGUUACGGUUGGCGGCAAGCAAGUCUCACUCGGCUGCUUCGCCACCGCAGAGGAGGCGGCGCUCUUCCGCGCCUGCAGGGAGGCGGGCAGGGACACUAGCGAUCUCACCGCGCCGCCGCCGCCGCCGCCGCCACCCGAGCCUUCCUCUGCCGCUGGCGCGCCGCCGCCGCCGCCGCCGCCACCCGAGCCUUCCUCUGCCGCUGGCGAUGAGUUUUGGCGCCGCUGCCCCGGCUGCGGCCGUACGCCAGUCGGCCAGUAA